AAGUAUUAUAACAUAAAGUAUUCUAACCUCACUUUUCUGAAUUUUCUAGAUUUGUUUACGUAGUUUUAAAACAAAUAAAUCCUUUAAUGUUUAUAUAAUUAACGAAGCCCACUGCGAAUUGUUUCACGGGAUCAUUUGUGUUUUUGGUGGAGUUAACGUUAAAGUGAUUAAAAAAUUAUGGAGCACCAAUUUGCUGAAGUGAAAAUUCCAUACAGUAAAAAUGGAAAUAAAGAUCAUGAUGAGAAGUUGUUGCAACCUUUUAAAUAUAUUUUACAAGUACCUGGAAAGAAUAUUAGAAGUAAAUUAGCAAGGGCUUUUAAUUACUGGUUAAAAAUAGAUGAAGAAAAAUUAAACGAAAUCGAUUCUAUUAUAGAAAUGUUACACAACGCUAGUUUAUUAUUAGAUGAUAUUGAAGAUAACUCAAUUUUACGUAGGGGGAUUCCAGUAGCUCAUUCUAUUUAUGGAAUACCAAGUACUUUAAAUGCUGCUAAUUACGUUAUGAUUAUUGCUUUACAAAAAUGUAUCGAUUUGAAUCACCCUGAAGCUACUAAAGUAUACACCGAACAAUUGUUAGAUUUACACAGAGGUCAAGGGAUGGAAAUUUAUUGGAGGGAUCAUUUUAUUUGCCCCACAGAGGAAGAUUAUUGCGAAAUGACAAAAAAAAAAACUGGAGGUUUAUUUAUGUUGGCUAUCCGCCUUAUGCAACUAUUCAGCGAGAAUAAGCAAGAUUUUUCAAAACUAACGGAAAUUUUGGGGCUUUAUUUCCAAAUGCGAGAUGAUUUUCUCAAUUUGUACUCAAAAGAAUUUCAACAACACAAAAGCUUUUGUGAAGAUCUCACCGAGGGGAAAUUUAGUUUUCCAUUAAUACACGCAAUUAGAAGUAAUCCAGAAGAUACUCAAAUUAUUCAGAUUUUACGUCAAAGAACUAAAGAUGUUGAAGUAAAAUCUUAUUGCGUCUCUUUGCUUGAAAAAUACGGCAGCUUUGCAUAUACCAAAUCUAAAUUAGAAGAAUUACAUGAAGAAGCCGCUAAGGAAGUUGGAAAAUUAGGUGGAAAUCCUUUCAUGGAUGAAGUAUUAAAAGGUGUAUUUAAAAAUAUGUGUUAAAAAUAUUAAUAAUGUAUUGUAAUUAUUUAACUUUAUUAAUU